CUUUGGAAGCAGGAAUGCGCUGGAAGUUUUCCUGCAGCCUCCGCUUCACGUGUUGAACAGCGACCGUCCCGCGCCCCGCUCGCUACAGACAUGUGGCCGCUGCUGCUCCUGCUCGUCCAGCUCUGUCUCUGCUCCGGCUACGAAGGGUCAGGACAGUACGCCUACGGAGACGAUGAGGACUCGUAUUCUCGCCGAUAUAAAGGGGCCCCGUGGUGCGCGCCCAUUAAGAUAAAACACGGCGAUGUGAGCUGCCGCACACCCAGAGGAGAGCACCACAAGGACGUGAUGGGGACGCGCUGUAAAAUCCGCUGUAAGCAGGGAUACGAGGUCCGGAGCCCGGAGGUGGUGUGCAUGGCGAACAAACACUGGUCCUCUAACUACGCCUGCAGAGAGAUCCGCUGUCCUAAGCUGGACAUGCCCGUCAACGGAGGCUACAAGUGUUCGGACGGCUCUUACUUCAACUCUCGCUGCGAGUUCUUCUGCUCUCCUGGAUUCAGUCUGAAGGGCCAGAAGACGGCGACCUGCCAGCACACCAAAGUGUGGAGCGCUGCUGUUCCCACCUGUGUCGAUAUUGAUCCUCCCAAGAUAAAGUGUCCUACUGUGAAGGAUAAGUGGGCAGAGCCGGGAAAACUGACAGCGAGGGUGUCCUGGGACACACCGGAGGGUGUCGACACUGCGGAUGGCAUCCUCACAGACGUUAUCCUGAAAGGGAAACCUUCAAAAUCAGACUUCCCAGAGGCGCUCCACAAGAUGUCGUACACCGUGUUUGACCGAGCAGGGAACAAAGGAUCCUGCCGCUUCACAGUCAGAGUGCGAGUGCGCCGCUGCAGCUCACUGUUCGCCCCUGACAACGGUUACAUGAAGUGCAACAGUGACGGAGACAACUACGGCGCCACGUGCGCGUUCACGUGCACGGGCGGCUACGAGCUGCGUGGCAGCGCUGCCAGAGUGUGUCAGUACGGACUCACCUGGUCGGGCACAGACACAACCUGUGCAGCCAUGAACAUCAACGUGGGCGUCCGGACAGCUGCAGCGCUACUGGACCAGUUCUACGAGAAGCGACGGCUCCUCAUCAUCUCGGCGCCAACGGCCGCCAAUCAUAAUUACCGCUUCCAGAUGACGAACUUACAGCAAGCCCAGUGUGGACUGGACCUGAGGCAUGUGACAGUGAUCGAGCUGGUCGGGACUUACCCGGCUCAGAUUGGACGGAUGCGACACCAGCUUCUCACCCCGGCGCUCUCCCUGCAAAUCAGGUUACUGCUCCAGAUCCCACAGAGGUCUUUCCAAAUGGUGCUGGUGGACAAGCAGGGCAUGGACAAGCAACGCUACCCGUUCCCCAUCACCGCGGCCGAACUAUUCACCACCAUCGACACCUUCCCGCUCCGCAAGGACGAGAUGUUGCUCCAGCAGGAGGCGGGUCAUGGCUGUCAAUCAUAAAAACACGGCUGCCUUUUUCAGUGCACAUCUGCGGACUGUCGGCCAUCUUUGAUCCUUUUCCCUCCCCAGUGAGAGGAGACUGGACCUGCUCUGUUUCUGUCCACAUGUCCCACUCUACCUAAACUCACACACGUAACACUGCAACAUCCCAACUACUCAUCCAACUCAUCCAAUGAGAACUCAUUUCAGUCCUGUAUCCUAAGGUGUGUGUGUGUGUGUAGUGUGUUUGUGUGUGUGUGCCAUCAAAAGAGUCAUGGAGAUUACUAAGUGGGUCAUACAGUACAUUACAAUCAUAUUGAUUCCUCAGUCACGUCUUUCUGUAUGUUUUAUUAUUAUUAUUAUUAUUGUUAUUGAUAUUUUCAAUCAGAAAUAUGUUUUACUAUUUUGUACAAAAAGUAUUUUUACUAUAGAAAUCCUUUCGCCUGUCUUAAUAUUUAUAUCUCUUUUCUUGGAUAAUGAUGUUCUCUGACACUCCCUGGAAAACUGUAAAGUACAUACGUCAGAAUUUACAAAACACUGAUUAAAAAUGUUUUUCAUGGA